AUGAGGCGAUUGGCGUACUCCUUAGCGUUGCUGUUGCCAAUUACUGUCUACUUCGUAUUUGCUGAAGUAUCAGAAGAAGCUGUAGAAGAUUUAAAACUUCACGAUGAUGCUUUUCAACACGACCACAAUAUGACCGUAUCGCGUACAAAACGUCAAUUCCGAUGUCCGGCGAACUGCUUCUCCUCCUGCACCAACAACUACCAAUGUCAAGCAAUGCCAGCUCCAUCCGUAUGCGUACAAGGAUGUUGUUGUCCGGCGAACAACGUGAACCUUGAGACUGCUUGCUCUGGAGGGCCGGCUGUAGCUGCUUGCCUUGGAGGACUUUGCGGGCAAGGAUUUUUCUGCACUGUGAACAAUUUUUGUUGCCGUUGCCAAUCAGGCAAUUCGACAGGUCCUUGUGUAAACCAACAAUGCCCUGUCGGUUAUAUCUGUAAUACGAACAAUUUCUGUUGCCCAAUUGGAUCAGGAGGAGUUCUGGGGCCUUGCGUCAAUGGACAGUGUCCUUCGGGCUACACUUGUGGUGCUGGGAACUUAUGCUACCUGACAUCUGGAAAAUAG